AGUAGAACUACCCCGCCUGGAUCCGAGCAAAUGCCAGUUGCUAGCCAGCUCCAACUGCGUUAUGCUAUAUAUAAGCAAAAUCACCGCCAUUCUUCAAACCCGUUCCGUGCAUCUCUUGGGUUCUUUCCCUUCUCUAUCUCUCUCUCUCUCGGCCUCUCGAGCCAUGGAACCAGGGGUCGCGCCUACCCCAUCACCAUUACCAUCAUCCAACACCACUACCUUACUGGGGAAGUACCAAUUGGGGCGGUUACUGGGACGAGGCAGCUUCGCCAAGGUGUACCAAGCACGGUCAAUAGUGGACGACACAGCUGUGGCCGUGAAGAUCAUCGACAAGUCCAAAACCGUCGACGCCGCCAUGGAACCACGGAUAAUCCGAGAGAUCAUGGCCAUGCGUCGCCUCCAGGACCACCCCAACAUCCUCAAAAUCCUCGAGGUCAUGGCCACCAAGACCAAGAUCUAUCUUGUCGUGGAGCUCGCCACGGGCGGUGAGCUGUUCUCCAAGAUCUCGCGCCGCGGGAAGCUGGCUGAGCCGUCCGCGCGGCGGUACUUCCAGCAGCUAGUAUCGGCGCUGCAUUUCUGCCACCAAAACGGCGUCGCCCACCGCGACGUGAAGCCUCAGAACCUCCUCCUGGACAAGGACGGCAACCUGAAGGUCUCUGACUUCGGACUCUCGGCUCUCCCCGAGCAGCUCAAGAACGGGUUGCUCCAUACAGCGUGCGGUACCCCGGCUUAUACGGCCCCCGAGGUCGUCCGCCGGCGCGGCUACGACGGUUCCAAAGCCGAUGCAUGGUCUUGCGGGGUCAUCCUCUUCGUAUUACUUGCAGGGUACCUCCCAUUCGAAGAUAGCAAUAUCGUAGCCAUGUACAAGAAGAUUCACCACCGAGACUAUCAGUUCCCGGCCUGGUUCUCCAAGCCGGCGCGCUACGUAAUCUUUCAGCUCCUCGAUCCGAACCCCGACACGAGAAUGGGCAUCGAAGCCCUAAUGCAGAACGCAUGGUUCAAGAAGUCGUUACGAGAUAGAUCCCAAAACCAGAGUCUAUUCAAUUCAGCCAGUAACUGCAAAUACGAAAAAUUGACAAGCAUGAACGCGUUCGAUAUAAUAUCGUUGUCGUCAGGGCUGGACUUGUCGGGGCUGUUUGAAACGACGUCGAGCCGGAGUGGGAAAGAGAAGCGGUUCACCUCGAAGGUUUCCGGGGAGGUGGUGAUAGAGAGAGUGAGGGAGGUGGGUGGAAGAUUAGGAUAUAAAGUAGAGGAAGGGAAGGCUGGGAGUAGUUUAGGGUUGGGGAAAGGGAGGGUGGUUUUGUUGAUUGGAGUGUCAGAAAUCGCGACCGAGUUGGUGUUGGGUGAGAUUAAGGUGAUGGAGGGUGGGGUGGAGUUUGAGGAACUUAAUCAGUGGGGAGACUUGAAGGCUGGGCUUCAAGACAUUGUUGUGGCUUGGCACAGUGAUAAUCUUAAUGGUGGGGAUGGUUAAUUUUAAUUUUCUGCGGUUGAAUUAAUUGCAUGCGUUUGAGCUAUAGGAUGAUUGGGAUGGGGAACAUGGACGGUUGGAUCUAUGUACAUGAAAAAUAUUCAGUUGAGGUUGUAGGUGUUGGAUUGGAUUGAUGAAUAGCUUCAGUUUUGUUUCUCGGACACUGAAAAUCAUCUUUAGCAUCAGAAUAGUAAUAGUACUCUUUUUUCUCUGUGUUUCUUUAGCCUUUUGCAGCUUGUUUGUUAAUGUUGGAGGCCAUUUUUCUUUCCAAAUCAAACAUGAAUCCUUCCUUGUA